CAUUUUGGGAAAAAACAUUCAGCCACGAUGGAACUUUUAUAGUAGAGUUAAAUUUGAUUUGACAGCGAUCGAAGGACAAAAAUGCCACUAAAUAUUCUUCGAGGCCUCUUUAGAGGUGCCACACGAGGCGUGAUGACGGGAAAGAGGGGGAACAAGAACUUUUACAAAGGACGUGGAGUCAGAAACCCAGGUUUCCACACAAGAAAAGGUGGUUAUAUGAUAGUUCGGAAGAAAGUAGCAGAGUUCAUUGUUCCAGAUUUGACUGGCUUUGAGUUGAAGCCAUACGUCUCUUACAAGGCUCCAAAAACUGCCAUACGAGAGCCAACACCUGAAGGCCUCUUGGCAAGCAUCAAGGAGAAAAUUCAUUUACUCAAGUACAGAGAAACGCCAUAAAGACAACAUAUGGACAAUUACAAAUUUAUAACUUUUCUUUACCGUUUCGUGUACUACUCUAAUUAGGCGGGCUUAGAGAAUUUACCUGCAACACUUGUAGAGAAUUGAAGAAGAAGAGUAAGAACCCACGUGUAAGAACCUAGUAAGUGGUUUAACCCUUUAACCCCCAAAUUUUCACCAUAAAAUGCCGUUUUUAACCGUUAAAUCAGCUUUUUGGCUGCCAUAACGCUAAAUGGGCCUUAGUUUUGCUGAAAAAACUAUUUUUGUUACCAAAAAGAUAGAUUUCCCGAAGAUUAGGCACAAAAACGUAAAAAAUUUUAAUUUGGCCCCUGCGCAUAAACCAAUUUUGUUUGUCUUUUGCAAUUGCCCGUUCCGAUUUUUUUUUCUUGCCCCUUUUCUUUGCUUUUUCUCGGCCAUUUUACUCUCGUUACCUUUUGCGUUUCAUAUUCGUUCUGGCUGCCGUAAAAAGUUGCUUGCUUGCUCUUCUGGGAAGUGGAUCCCCUGUGGUGCAAAAAGCAACUUCCGGGAGCCGUUGCUAGGGGAGUAUUUUGAAUAUGACGUUUUUUCCGUCUGCUUUUUUGACGUCAUUCAUGUCACGGCCUCACCCAGAGCCUUACUCUGGACAAAAAGAUAUUGAAAACAACCGGCGAAAUAUAACUGAUCAGUAUUUGGCCGAAGCAACGGGCUCUUGUGGAGCAUUUCUCCCGGCUUCGUGGAACGGAUGUAUUUAAAGACCAUUAGAGAGCUUGAUGAGGUCUUCGACAGUACCGGAACGACAGGAAAAAUUCCAUUACGGUACGUAAAAAAGCAACACAACUGAUUGAAUCAUUUUGUUUGCUGGUCGCGGUAGCGACUGGUUAGUUAAUCGUCAUAAUGCAAGAAUGAAAACAAAAAAAAAACAAAAAAAAGAAAGAAAAAAGAAAGGAUUUUGCUUUCCAUGUCACUGUGCAGCAGUUAGGCUGGACUACUCUACUUGCCGGCAGAACUCGUGAAAGCUACCUGUUCUGUUUGCACACAGCUAUAGAUCCUUUUCAAAAACAAUGAUAGAAAGAUGCUAAAUAACUUACUUUCUAUAAUUCUACUUUUCAUAAACGGCUGUAAAUUCAGUUGAAAUUCUUUUGUAUGCGUUUUAAAAUCUGCCUUACAAAACUCGUCUGAGGGUAAAAAUUCUUUCGAAUAAAUCAACUAAAAAACAUUUAAUACUUACAAAAUAAUUUAUGAGUGGCAUUCAUUCAUGAAAAAUGGUAUAUUCUGCUUUUUAAAAUACUAGAUUUGUUCUCCCUCUCUACAAGAAUUACACUAGCAAGAAUGUUGUUUUACUGUUUACGAGACCAUGUUGUAAUUAAGAUUAUUUCUUGAGCACAACGCUAAUCACUUAGAAGAAGAUUAGAUUUGAUUAGAUGUGUAGACUUGCGAAAAACGUCAUUAAAAAUUACUUCUCUUGAUAUAUGGCACUGACCUUUUGUAAUUAAGCAUGGCUAUAUCGAGAUAAAGAAAAAAGAAAAGAACAGCAAAAAAGAUGACAAAA